AUGACAAAGUCAAAGGAAGAUGAUGAUAAAGAGCUGUAUCAAUUCGUCGCAUCAAUGCCCAAAGUGGAGUUGCACGCUCACUUGAAUGGUUGUAUCCGAGAGGAAACCUUGUUCGAUUUGGCGCGACAAAAGAAUGUGGAACUUCCCGCCAAGCUUUUCUCUCUUGAUCAUCAUACUAACAACGACGAUCAUGUCAAUUCCUUCAUGUACAAUGUCAAACCUCGGUCUCUGACGGAUUGUUUUGACAUGUUUGCCGUGAUUCCCAAGUGUGUCAAUGACCUGGCUUCAUUGGAACGAAUCACUCGAGAAGCGUUGCAAGACUUUGCCAACCAUCACGUGGCCUACCUGGAAUUGCGAUCCACUCCCAAACGAAUCAACCAGUCUCUCUCCAAACGACAAUACGUAGAAACCAUUCUGCGGGUCAUGAAGGAAUUCCAAGAGGUCGAAGAAGAGAGAUAUCAACAACAAUCUACCAGUACCAGUAGUACCGAAACGACAACCAGAUUGCCCAUGAAGUGUCGCUUUCUGGUAUCGAUCGAUCGUUCUGGAUCCGUCCAUGAAGCCCAAGAAAAUGCGGAUUUGGCAAUUGAAUUCUCACAACAACCAAACUCUUUGGUGGUUGGAAUGGACAUUGGAGGCAACCCCACCAAAAAUGACUUUACAGAUUUUAAACCUGCUCUCUCCAGAGCCCGAAAGGCUGGACUCAAAACAACGGUUCAUUGUGGCGAAGUUCCGGUUGCAGCUGGACCCGAUGACACAGACCCACGCCUUGCCAAAGCACGAGACGAAGUCUUGGCCAUUUUCGAGUUUCGACCGGAUCGACUAGGUCACGCCUUGCUCUUGCCCGAAUCCUUGCGAAACGAGCUCACGACGCUCCAGGUGCCAGUGGAAUCCUGCCCUACGAGCAAUGUCAUGACAUUGGAACUAGCGAAACACAUGGGCGGGGAUUUGAUUCAUGGUCUGCGACAACACCCGCAACUACAGUACUGGUUAGACGACAAUUAUCCCAUAUCCAUUGGAACCGACGACCCGGGUGUGUUUAACACGGAUGCCACGCAAGAGCUUGUAUUGUUGGCCAAGGCACAAGAAGGAGUUACAACAGAGACACUGAAACGGAUAGUAUUGGAUUCGGUCAAUCAUGCAUUUUGCAAUGUCGAAUUGAAGGACCAGAUGAAGCAGCUAAUGGGGGAAUUCUUUGCCACCAUGGAACAGGUUUAG